AUUAAACGGGGAAAAAAUCCUUGCUCAUCCGUGCACAAAGUUCGUAGAUGCCUCGACCGUCGUGACAUAGACCAGAUCCUAAGCAUUAUUCGAUUUUCCUAGUAUCAAGUGUUCAGUUAUCGAGCAUCACUUCCCAACGUUCUUUUCGUUGGCACUUCUUCUUCAUUGAGUCCAACAGUUGUCCACAUUGCGAAACAAGGUAGUCCUAUUCCUGGUCACCUCCGAGUUAAGACACAUAGGCACCUAAGUACUUAACAGAGCCUUGACACGCCCUUCAACCUUUCCUUCUAUACCUACCUAGUCAUUCUCGGGGUAUUACUGUAUAUAUGAGCUGUCUAUCUAUCGAGCGAUUGGAGGAAAAUGAGGAUAGCUUGCCUACAGUUCGCUCCACAACUUGGAGAGACCGACAAUAACCUCAACCGAGCCGACGCGGUUCUGAGCAAGGCAAACCCCGAAGAUCUUGAUCUCCUUGUUGUACCAGAGUUGGCUUUUACAGGAUAUAAUUUCAAGUCGCUUCAACAAAUCAGUCCCUUUCUCGAACCGCAGGGCUCCGGCGUCAGCGCAUUGUGGGCAAGAACCACCGCCCUCAAGUAUAAUUGUGUGACGCUGGUUGGAUAUCCCGAACAAGCUGAUAUCAAAACAAAAUGGCCAACAUCCCCAGAGUAUUAUAACUCUGUUAUUGUCAUUAAUGGCGAUGGCGAAACAAUCGGCCACUAUAGAAAAAGCUUCUUGUAUUAUACAGACGAGACAUGGGCAUUGGAAGGGCAGGAUGGGUUUUGGGAGGGUCAUAUUCCCGGUCUAGGACACACAUCGGUGGGCAUUUGUAUGGACCUGAACCCGUACAAAUUCGAGGCACCAUGGCAUGCUUUUGAAUUCGCAUUUCACGUUUUGGAGAUGCAAUCAAAUCUCGUCAUCGUCACUAUGGCUUGGCUCACCCGAGAAGAUGGCCGCCUGUUUUCCCGUAUGCCUAAUGACCCGGACCUAGAGACCUUAUCGUACUGGGUUGCGCGUCUCGAGCCUAUCAUUCGAUCAGAUAACCAAGAAGAAAUCAUAGUUGUUUUCUGCAAUCGCACCGGCAUUGAGGGAGAUGCGGUUUAUGCUGGAACUAGCACCGUGAUCGGGAUAAAAAAUGGCGAGGUCUCGGUUUAUGGAAUGCUGGGAAGGGGAAGUAAAGACCUGUUGGUAGUAGAUACGGACGCUGCCCCGUAUGCUAAAUUAGUAUACAGGCCCGAUGGGGAAGAGUCGGGAAUUAUUUCAAUGAACGACCAUUGGGAUGGUGAUUUGACUGCUAGACCGACGAAACCCGAGGAGAAGGACUUGUUAGAGAAGCCGACAAAGCUUGCUUCUUCCGGAGAAACGGGAUCGAAGAGUGGCUCAACAACUAGGUCUCCUAAGCAUGCUAGACCGUCCGAAACUCCGAAUCGAAACGUCCAACCUAUGUCACCUCUCAGCGAAUCAGCACUCGCCAACCACAACCCAAUAUCCUCUGGGGGCGCGACGAAAGACUACGAUUACGUGCCUUUAGGCCGAAGGUCCAGAGCUGGGAGUGACAGGAGUACGGCGUCUAUUCAAGGUUCAGUUUCCUCGAGGCAUUCGGCUAAUUCUAAAGCCUCAAAAGAUUCAAGGAAGUCAAAGAGCUCAAGUCGUUCCAGGGCUUCUAAAGGAUCUUCUAGUUCAAAAGGGUCGAGUUCUCAGAGAUCAUCGUCUAGGAAAGUGAGGGUAAUGUCUCCUCCGAUACAGACUUCGAAUCCCAAACCAGCAAAUGAUACAGUUCCAACUCCAACAGGACCGAGCCCGACACCUUUGGCAAUUCGGCCUAAGUUGGUCAUUCCGAAGGAUGCACAUAGACGUCCUCACAUCCCCACGCCGCAUCCAGCUGCAGCGCAAAAGGCCCCUGGACGAAUCUAUGGGGGAAGCGUUACGAUACAACACCAGAACAAUCUUGCAACACCAACUCCAUCAACUGCUUUCGACGACUUAAGCCCCCAAUCGCCCAAUAGGUUCUUCUGGGUUCCAUCGGACUCACUCCUACAAACUCCCAUGGAACCGCGUAUUUGGACGCCUGCAUUGGCCGACUCGCCAACUAUUGAGCUGCGAACGGCUGUGCCUUCACAAGCGUAUAUCAAAAACAUUGCUACCGUCAGAACACAGCUACCUGUUCCUCCACCAAAAGAAAUACUUAGCUCACGAUCUCCAAAGCCGAGCGGUGAUGUUAAACCCGGGGCCGAAGCGGCGGUAGUCUCCGGGGGUGAACAAUCCCGGCCGGCUGCCAAAGAUGACCGCGCUCCGGUGAGGCCGUCGUCUCCCAAGUCGCGCAACGCCAGCAGAUCGAGGAAUCACGAACGCUCAGACUCUGCAGUCGGUCAAAGGGCUGACCUAGCGGCGAUUGCUCAGCGCCUAGAAGCUCUAUCUCCGCGCCCUAGUUCUGCCGCCGGGCAGAGGAUUGAGACGUCCUCGCCGCGUCCCGGCUCAGCUCUGGCUCGACGAGGCGAUGGGAAGGAAAAGAGCUCUAGCGAUAUGCCAGAUCGCCCUUCUUCGCCAAAAUCUCGCAAUGCAAGCCGGAAUAGACCCGCCGCAGCCGAGGAUUCAGUCGACCAACGGGAUUCUAACCUUUCAAGGAGUUCUAUCUUAAUUGGCGCGAGCCCUAGUAUACUUGACAGUACUUCAACUACUAGAGGACCGUCAGCGAUGUUUCGGCCGGAUAGUCGCAUGAGUAACGUGGAGCCCAUAUACCGCCCCAUGUCACGGGAAGCACACUCCCGGAGUAAUAGUGUGGCUCUGGUGUACAAGUCUCAGACACCAAUUAUCCCAGGGCCGGCUGGCAAUCGUCCACAGUCCCGCGCCGUCAGUCGUGGGCGGCAGCGUGGAGCAAAAGAUGUUACCGGCGCCCUUGACAAUACGGAUAUUGAGAGGAGAGACUGUUCGAUUCCCGCUCGGCGACCAAGUGCCCCCUCGAUCGGCUUCAGGAGCCCGGCUGAAUACGAGGCCGAAAUCCAACGUAACUCUCCAGGGAAAUCUGUCCAGGGAGUUUCAUACGAUGAUGAGAUUGUCAAGGAGAUCAUCGUGCGUCGCUCGCCGAGCUGCGCGGUUCAUGGUAACGAAGGUCAUCGGGUCGCAACACCAAGAAGUGGAACCAGCCAAGCCAGAAGUACUCCUGACUCAGAGGAAUCGUCGAAAACUAAUGAUACCAAUGAGGGUAGCAAGACGGAACAGAGUUCGGAUAUACCCACGCUUGCAGUUGAGACUACUGCUAACACAAAAGGAGGCAGUUGGUAAGGUUCUCGUCAGGCCAAAGAGUGCCGUCUGGUAGCGGCGCCGUCACGCGUCUAUGAAUAUGACUACGAUUUAAUGCCAAGUAUACCUCAUUGCUCUAUUAGCAAGGAGUUAUUUAGAUCUACGAUACAUGUCACACGAUAGUAAUGAGAGUAGCGAAGUUAGAAUGACUGAUUAACAAGCAAAAUUGCGCACGGUGUUGGAGCAAUGGAAUGGAUGGUUGAUUCUUGCAUUCACCUUUUCAACGCAUCAUGUAUUACGGCUUGGGGUUCUGAAAUCUAUCGUUUUUUUUAUCAUGUAACCAAGUUCUCUAGUAGCGAUGCUUUGGUAGUGUUGUCGCGAGUAGCAUCAUAUCCAUAAGUGCAUGAUACUAAAACAAUCAAAGGCGGAGCCUACUGAAAAUUAAUUAAGCC